GUAACAACACGCCAUGUCCUUCAAGACUCUCGUGGCCAUCCUUUGCCUGGUCCCUGUUGCCUUGGCGCAGCAGCCUGCAUGGGCCCAAUGUGGCGGUCAGGGAUGGACGGGUGGAACCACCUGCGUCGCUGGGUACUCAUGUGUCGCUCAGAAUUCAUACUAUUCUCAGUGCCUGCCGACAGGCACAGGCACAGGCAGUGGCACCGUGACCAGUACCUCGGGUGGCAGCAGCCCCAGCGCGACUUCGACAACUCCUCUCAACACCGCAGCGAAGGCGGCGGGAAAGAAGUACUUCGGUAGCGCGACCGACAAUCCUGAAUUGUCGGAUUCCGCCUACGUCAAGAUCCUCUCGGACAGCACCAUGUUCGGGCAAAUCACACCCGGGAACAGUAUGAAAUGGGAUGCCACGGAACCUUCCAGGGGAACUUUUACUUUUACCCAGGGUGAUCAAAUCGCGAACCUCGCUAAGGCGAACGGGCAAUUACUACGAGGCCAUAACUGUGUUUGGCACAACCAGCUUCCCAGCUGGGUGACGUCGGGGAACUUCAACGCCGCUACUCUGUCGUCGAUCAUCACGACCCACUGCGGGACGGUUGUCGGACAUUACAAGGGACAAAUGUACAGCUGGGAUGUUGUGAACGAGCCCUUCAAUGAUGACGGGACUUUCCGCCAAGACGUUUUCUACAACACUCUGGGUCAGGAUUACAUUUCUAUCGCUUUGAAUGCCGCGCGGGCUGCCGACCCCAACGCGAAGCUGUACAUCAACGACUACAACAUCGAGGGAACAGGUGCCAAGUCCACCGCGAUGGUCAACCUCGUCAAGAGCCUCAAGGCAGCGAACGUGCCCAUCGACGGUAUUGGCGUGCAAGCGCAUCUCAUCGUCGGCCAGGUGCCGUCCACACUCGAGGCUAACCUCAGGCAAUUUACCGCGCUCGGGGUGGAGGUCGCCAUCACGGAGCUCGACAUUCGCAUGACGCUGCCGGCGACGGAUGCGCUCCUCGCUCAGCAGAAGAAGGAUUACCAGACGGUCAUUGCGGCGUGCAGGGCUGUCUCAGGAUGCAUUGGAGUUACGAUCUGGGAUUAUACCGACAAGUAUUCUUGGGUUCCGAGUACUUUCUCCGGCCAGGGGGCAGCCUUGCCUUGGGAUGCGAACCUCAACAAGAAGCCCGCUUACGAUGGGAUUGUCGCUGGCUUUGCGUCCUAG